CCUUCCCCUCCUAAAGCGCGGCGGUUGAGCAGCCCGCCGGCCCCGAGCAGCCGUUAACGGCCGGCGGGAGGAGGCGCGCUCCCGCCCCGCCCCCACCCCCAAUGGCCGCUAACGGCCCGAAGCGCCGCCCCAGCCCUCCGAGGACGUGGCUGCAGGGACCAGUCCCCCACCCCCGUCUGUCUCUCCGUCCGUCCGUAGUCCCGCAGCGGCGUCUCCGCGGGCCAUGGCGGUGAGGCGGCAGCGACGCGGGGCCGCCGGGCCGCCCGCUCUCCCAUGCCGGCGGCCAUAUCGGUUGUCUGGGAGGCGGGCGGGCGUCGCCAUAUGCCGAGCCGCCCCGCUGCUGUUCCUACUGGUGGCGGCUGCGGGCCGGGUCAGCGCCUCGGCCGCGGGCGGCCCGGAGGUGCACAGCCUGCGGGGGAGCUGGCGGCUGGGCAACGGGAACGGCUCGGUGGUGCUCCGAGGGGAGGUGCCGGGCUGCGUCCACACCGCCCUGCACCGCCAGGGCGUCAUCCAGGAUCCAUACUAUAGAUUUAAUGACGUGAUGUACAGAUGGAUCUCACUAGAUAACUGGACUUACAGCAGGACAUUCAAAACUCCUUUUGAUGUCAGAAAGUGGCAGAAAGUGAAUUUGGUUUUCGAGGGAGUAGAUACAGUAGCACAGAUCCUGAUCAACAAUAUCACUCUUGGGAGAACAGACAACAUGUUCAACAGAUAUAGCUUUGAUAUUACCAGCGCGAUCAAAGAGGUCAAUUUUGUUGAAGUCCGUUUCAUAUCAGCCAUUUCAUAUGCAGCAGAGCAGAGCAGAUGUCACAAAGCAUACAGCAUCCCCCCGGCGUGCCCUCCACCUGUGCAGAAAGGAGAGUGCCACGCUAAUUUCAUCAGAAAGGAGCAGUGUUCAUUUAGUUGGGACUGGGGCCCUUCUUUUCCCACUCAAGGAAUCUGGAAAGAUGUUAGGAUUGAGGCCUAUAACCAUUAUCACCUGAUUUACUUUUCUUUGACUUCUUUCUUUGUAAAGAGUGCUCAGCAGUGGAGUCUUGAAAUUGAGUCUGUUUUUGAUGUAGUCAGCUCCGAGCCAAUUGCAGGUCUUGUAACUGUGAACAUUCCCAAAUUGCAAACGCAGCAAACAUUCAGUGUGAAGCUUCAACCUGGAGAAGGCAGCAUUGUGCUGCUUGUAAACAUCAACAAGAGUUCUACAGUGGAGGCUUGGUGGCCAAAUGGGCAUGGAAAGCAAACUGGAUAUAACAUGACAACAACUUUCAUCAUGGAGGCAGGACACCAGAUUGAGAAAUUUUCAAAGGCCUAUUUUCGGACAGUAGAACUUGUUCAGGAGCCUAUUCCUGGCUCACCAGGUCUGAGUUUCUACUUCAAUAUCAACGGCCGACCCAUUUUCAUUAAGGGCUCGAACUGGAUUCCAGCAGAUUCUUUCCAGGACAGAGUGACCUAUGACACAUUAUGGCUACUCUUGAAGUCUGCAGCAGAUGCUAACAUGAAUGCACUUCGGGUGUGGGGAGGAGGAGUAUAUGAACAAGAUGAAUUUUACGAUAUUUGCGAUGAACUAGGAAUAAUGAUUUGGCAGGAUUUUAUGUUCGCAUGUGCGCUAUAUCCAACUGACCAGAAUUAUUUAGAAUCUGUAAGAGCAGAAAUUUCUCAUCAGGUAAGGCGUUUAAAAUCCCAUCCAUCAAUUAUUCUGUGGAGUGGUAACAACGAAAAUGAAGCAGCAAUUGCAAACAACUGGUUCUCCAUACCUUACGCUGACAGAGAAGUCUAUAUCAAAGACUACGUGAUGCUUUAUGUGAAGAAUAUCCGAGAAAUAGUUCUUGCUGAAGACAGAAGUCGUCCUUUUAUUGCAUCCAGUCCUACCAAUGGCUUGGAGUCAGUUAAAGAAGGUUGGGUCUCCCAGAAUCCUUAUGAUACCCAUUAUGGUGACACUCACUUUUAUGACUACAGCAGUGACUGCUGGAACUGGACAGUGUAUCCUAAAACUCGUUUUGCUUCAGAAUAUGGAUUUCAAUCCUGGCCUUCCUUCAGUACAAUCAAAAAGGUUUCCUCCACUGAGGACUGGUCCUAUACCAGCAAUUUUUCUCUCCAUCGACAACACCAUGAAAAUGGCAAUGAUCAGAUGUUCCAACAGAUUGGGCAUCAUUUCAAGCUUCCCCAGACCACAGACCCCAUAAAGAAGUUCAAAGAUAUGAUUUACCUCACUCAGGUGAUGCAGGCUCAGUGUAUAAAGACAGAGACUGAAUUCUAUCGCUUUAGUCAAAGUGAAAUAAUCAAGGGAGAAGGACACACAAUGGGAGCUCUGUACUGGCAACUCAAUGACAUUUGGCAGGCACCUUCGUGGGCUUCCUUGGAGUAUGGUGGUAAGUGGAAACUGCUUCAUUACUUUGCCCAGAACUUCUUUGCACCACUGCUGCCUGUGGCCUAUGAAGACAAAGGUGUGUUGUAUAUUUACGGUGUCUCAGAUUUUCAUGUGGACCACAAGCUGACUUUGAGGGUUGUUGUCUAUGCCUGGAGUUCUUUGGAGCCAGUAUGCACCCUUGCCAAAGACGGUGUGACUGUUAAAGCACAAAGUGCUGUCCCCAUCCACAAGGAAUCCAUAAAUGACUUGCUGGAAAGAUGCAGGAAUUGCACCAGGAAAAGCUGCGUUAUUACUUUUUGUCUUGUGGGAGAAGGUGGGCUCCAGAGCCCUACGAACCAUCACUUCCUUUCAUCACUAAAGGAUGCUGUAGGAUUACAAAAGUCCCAGCUUAGUGCCUCUGUAUCCCAACAAGAUGACGUUUAUAUAUUCGCUCUUCAGACCACUGCAAUUGCUCCUUUUGUUUCUCUGGAUGUAGGGAGUAUAAAAGGCAGAUUUAGCGAUAAUGGUUUCCUCAUGACUGAAAAGAAGAAACUGGUUGUGUUUUAUCCUUGGGAACCUACCAGUGUUGAAGAACUAGAAAAGUCACUAACCUUGACCUCUCUGGUGGAUGUUGUCUGAGGAUACUUCAGUUCCUUCUAGAUGAGGAGUGAAACAGGAGGAGGGGAAAAAUGAGAAGAAUUUGACUAAAGUUGAAGCGAUGUACAAUUUGAGCUGACUGGAGAACAUACUGUCUAUUCCUGUCAUGUAUGAAUUUUAAAUGCUGGUUCAGUGUAAAGAUACCAAGAGCAAAGCUUUGCGUGUAAUAUAUGUGGUGUGUUGAAAGUAAGGCUUUAUCGGGGAACAAGAAAAAUAAUCCCAUUUAUAAAACAGGAGGGGUGAGUCAGUGCAAGAGAGCUAGUCUGGGUUCUCCAGUUCACAUGAGAUUGGAGUUGUGAAUUCAUCCUUAUUAAGAGGCAACACAAAUAUGCGCCUCCAGACUAUGGUUGUAAAAAUCCGUAUUUUUUCCAGAUUCAUUAUGCCGUAAGUGAAAAUUCAUCUAACAGCAAGGUAUGCUGGGGGCAAGGGGGAAGAGCAGGGAGUGAACCUGGGAUCACCUCCACAGGUGUGCCCCACUUGGAGUGUUUUGAUCUGUCUACACCCAAAAUGGGAGAACGCUAGUCCUACGCUUUCAGAUACGCGGCUGUCACUCCGACAGGUAUCCUGCCUGCCUCCUGCAAAAUAGACUUCCAAAUAGACACGAAACCGGGCUGUCUAGUCAGGCAUCAGGCAGAUCUGUUCCCCCUUCUGAAAGGGGAAUUGAGUACGAGACUUGUUUUCUUCUCUCCUUAUGCAACAUGAGGAAUAACCUUGAGAGCUCUGCAUCAAGCUUUGACUAUUCCCAGAGAGCUGCAGGUACAGUCUGGGUGGGAUCCUGCAUAACGUGGCAUAGUAUGAGAUAUGCCUGGCCAUGGGAAAAGGAACAGGGAGAAGAGUUGACCAAAGGUGCAAAGAGAAGGGAGGCAGUACAGAGAAGAAAUGGUCAUGUGAGAGGACCACAGAGUUGUAAGUGACUGCUUUUUCACUAGCGUAUGCAUAAUGCAGGGGCUGCUCUUCUCACUCGGUCAUUGCUGUGCAGCUGUUCUGUUACCUCCUGGUAUUUCUGAUGAGUGGCCCUGUGCUCCACACUGACCCUCCUCUCUUUCCAACAAAGGAAUACCUCAACACCUUAAUUUUGCUUCUUUGUGUGUGGCUACCCUGUAGAAGACACUGUUGACACAUGAUUAGAUCUGGUGGUACAUUGAAGUCCUUAGUCCAUACAAAGUAAUGGUGCUUCAAUUUCUAUUCUGUUUCUGGGUAAGUUGUUUUUAAAAUGUUUAGGUUUCCCAUAGAAAUGUCAUUUCACUUUGGCGUUUGAUACAAAGAAAAUAAGCUUGCUUCAGCAUGGGGGGCUGCUGUAGGCUGUGGAGCUGCAAGCCUGAGGGUUUCACCAUUGGGAAAUCCAGGCCACCGGUCUACGCUGUGGGCAAGUUGCUAAACAUAGGGCUUGUCUAUCAGGUGGGGAUUGAAAUGCAGCUGGGAUCUUGCUGGGGUUCUACAAGGAUCCUCUCACAGUCCAAGCAAGUAUUAAUUUUCUUGCAAAGCAUCUAGCAGUUUCAGCACUUUACAGUAGAAGGUGUUUGAACAAGCACUACUACUGAUGUCCUCCUUCAUUGUAAAAGCAUCACAUGGGUGAUGCUUGCCGGUGGGGCUGAAGGUCUGGAGCACGUGUGGAAAGAGCGGCUGCAUGUUCCAUUGGUCAGUUAGAGAACUUGGAACUGGGGGUUGUUUUCUUGCAGCAAUCACCGUGUUAAUGGGCAAAGAGACAAACAUAUUGGCUGAUGCUCGGCAAUCUCUGGUGCUUUUUGAAUUGGGCGUUAAGCAAAACUGACAUACUCCUGAGCAAGAAAAACUUAAAGAUGAAAGGGAAAUGAUAAACGGGAGUUGCUUACAAAUGCUUUGCUAGGUCACCAAAACAACUAACUGCAGUUGCAUAGGAGGGCUUUUCUGAUUCAAAACUUGUCUCAGUUGAAAGAAAACAGGAAAGCAAUCAAAAUAUGCAUGUGUAUGUGCCACUGUUUAUGGGUUGUAUAAAAUAAGUAGGGAAAAUGAUAGUUAUGAAUGAAACUUAACAGUUAGAAAAUGCAGACGUUGAUAAAGGAAUUUAAAAGUUAUCUGUGAGGCAUCUUGGGCAAGAAUACAAGAAAAACCCUUCAGUUUUUUCAGCAUCCUGGUAUCAAAGUGGAAUCAAAGCAUCAACAGAGCCAAUAUGAGGUAAGGAUGGAAAAAUGUGGAGAAAAUAUGGAAUAAAUAUGAUUAAUAAAUAUUGCAGCAGUGUAUUAGGAAAAGGGCAGGUUCAUUGAUGUCUUUCUCUUACGUUGAUGUAAAAAUACCUCUUCCAGCAACGUCUAGAUAGAAUAUCAAAAUGGCACUUAAGAAUGUUAAAUAGAUAAAACUUUGACAGAAUUCCUUCUUUCAAAGACAAUCAAGAAGACUGUGUGAAAGCUGAUGAUAUUUGUUCUUAGUGCAUCUCAGAAUAUGAGUGAAGUUUCAGAGAUGUAGAAAAGAGCUUUUGGAUUGCUGUGACCUUGUUUAGCCUGUCACAAAUUUUAGGCAAAAUCAUGGAAGAAACAAUGUGGUCCAUGAUCAAUAAUUGAUGAAGUGGCUACGCAACCGAUGCCUAUCAGCACCCUUAUGCAAAAAGCUUUCUUUUAUAAAACAUAUUGGGGUUUUGGGGUUGGUUUGCUUUUUUUUGCCUUCCCCCCCCCCCACCCCCUUGCUUUCUGCAGUUUCCAGACUGGCAUAAAAAUGUUCAGACAAUUUUUAAAUUAUUGUUAUUUUUGAAGGUCAGAAUCUCCCUAAAGAGUGGGUCCAUUCUUCCUCGCUGGAAAGCUUUAAUUCAGUACUAGGUGCUGUUAUGAAAGAUUAGCAAUUGCUUAAGCCAAAUGCUUGAGCUCAAAGCAGAAUUUUAUGGGGGAGGUUCACUUCCAUUAUUGUCUUAAUGUCCUUAAUAUGUUCUUUUGGUUUCCUGGUGUUGUAGUAGGUGUGUAUUUAUAGAUGCUAUUUUCUUCUCUUGCCUGUGCAGCAGCGGCUGUAACGUGUACCUUGGUUAACCAUUUCCCCUUGGUACUUUUGCCGUUGCAAACUGUGCUGUACUUGGUUACAUCGUUCUGCCUUUGUCUCAGAUCAGGGAAAAGAUAGGAACGCAACAGUGAAGAGAUCUCCAAAAACUCCUAUGGACACAUCCAUCUGUAGCCAUGUGAGUGCUGUUGUAGCUACUUGGCGGCACCUGUAUUGCCAGUUGUAUCUGAUGGGCUGGGGAUCAGCAGCAGGAGCAUUGGGAAGAGCACUUGGUGUUUCCAGGUAAAUCUGUGCCGUCACUGUCAAAGGGACAGGAAACAUGACUAGCCUCAGAAGGACAAACCCAUGAAAUUGGCUUUUAAGGAUCAGUUUGACAUUGUUGGCUGAUGCUUUUUGACUGUACCUCCAGCCUCAGUGCUUUAAUUGCUCAUGGAAAUGCGCACCAGGCUCCUGUGGCUGGUUCCUCUGUAUGCUGCCUUCAUCCUCAUACCUGCAAGGAGCCUGACCUUCUCCCAGCUGCCAUCAGUACAAGAAUCACCACGCCCUUUACAGGACGACCACCUACUAAUAUGAAAAAAGAUUUAUUUUUGAGACAAGUACUUGAACAAUUUUAAUCUAGUAAGUGAGCCUGAAGUAUGAAGAAGUCAGCAGCAGCUGUCAUCUGUGCAAGAUCCACAAAAGGAGUGCCUGACUGCAAGAGAACACUAUCUGAGUUGAAGGUGGGUGGUGGUGAUGACGGAAGAGCUUUUGACGUAUUUUCCUCCAGGCGAGACGGGCUUUGUGAGAUGGAUAGUGCUUUCUGAAUGAUUUCAAUGGCUUCUGUGUGAUCCAUCUGCCUCAAAGCAGCAAUCAACUCUUGAACUGUACCACCAGAAACCUAAGAGAGAAGACACCAGAUGCUCACCAUCAACCAGGCUGGCUAAAACCCAUGGUCCAUCUUACAGGAGGACAAUGUUCUCUCCUUCUAACCUGAAUUGUCACCGUGAAAGAAAACUCUCCAGCAAAUAUCUAUUUUCAUACCUGCUGCUUUGAGAACUGCUGCCAAUUUCGUAGAGCCCCUUCCAGCUGCUAUGUGAAGAGGAGUUGUCCCAUCAUAUGUAGUGCUGUCCACAUCUGCAUCACCCUAAGUUUUUAUCGAACGACA